AUGGUAGCCCAGUACUUCCAGUGUCAGACACCAUUCGAACAACGAGUGCAACCAUUGGUGAAAAUGGAAAAAGAACCCGACCCAGUAGGCUCUGAUUCAUUAGGAAUGUCAGAAGCCUCUAUAAAAACAUAUCGUAUUAUACCGGUAGGAACAGGAGGAGGAGGUCUCCGGCUAGUAACACCACAGCAAACCAGGAAUGAACGACUAGAGGCACCCCAACGCUGGGAAAUCCAAGGGCAAGAAUUGCCAACUCCAGAACUUACCCCAGUCCAAUCACCUGCAUGGAGGAAUCUGCAAGUACCAGAACUCACCUUAACAGAAGACAUUGAGACCUACUUGACUACUUUUGAGGAUGUGGCUGAGGCCUGCAAAUGGCCAAGGGAACAGUGGGUGACUCGGUUGGUGCCAGCCCUCAACGGAGCUGCUCUUCAGGCCUACAACAGCUUGGAUCCCAGAGAAAGUGGGGAUUAUGGGAAAGUAAAAACUGCAAUCUUACGAGAAGAUGCUGUCAGUCUGGAAAGACAGAGGCAGCAUUUCAGGCAUUUCCGUUACCAGGAGGCUGAAGGGCCCCGUGAAGUCUGUUCUCGUCUGCGGGGCCUCUGCCAUCGCUGGCUGGAACCAGAGAGCCGCACCAAGGAACAGAUUGUAGAGUUGUUGAUCCUAGAACAAUUUCUGACUGUCUUGCCUGAGGAAAUGCAGGAAUGGGUUCAGGAAUAUCAUCCAAAGACCUGCAUUCAGGCAGUAACCUUGGCAGAACAUUUUCUUCUGAAGCAGCAAGACAGUGAGAGAUGGGAUCAACAGGUGCUAGGGCCAUAUAUGCUUGAGGAGUCUAUGAAUUUGCCAGAAAGUGAGCAAGUGGUCUCAGAUACCCGGCAGACGGUGCUUUGCAGAGAAAAUAAGGAUGAGCUGAAUGAGAAUGCCUUCUCAGCAGCAGGUGAUGAAAUACAGACUAAAAAUGAGGAAGAGUAUCUGUUACAGGAAAGUUCAAAAAGACAGAGAAAUCGCCUUCUUCCCAAUUUGCAAGCAACUCCCUUUGCUCACCAGACACCCAACAGUCAGCUAGCUUUGAAAAAACAGCCCUUGCACAAACAAGAAGCGCUUUUCCCUUGCCCCGAAUGUGGGAAGAACUUCUCACGUAAAUCCACCCUCACCAGACACCGGAGAGUACACACAGGGGUCAAGCCCCAUCAGUGCACCGAAUGUGGGAAAAGAUUCUUGCACAAAUUCAACCUGGUGAACCACAUGAGGACCCAUGUGCGAGAAGAAUCAAGCCGUUGUUCACUUUGUGGGAAAAAUGCAAAGCGGAAUUCAGUGCAAGGGAGCCAAGAGCGAAAGGCUGGGUGUUGUGAAUGCACAGGCAGUUUGGAACUACAGCACAGUGUGGAGCAGACAGUGCAGGACAUGGGUGAAUCCUUUAACUGACUUGAAUCCUAGGGAGAAACAGUAUAGCUGACUUGAACGUGCAAAGAAGUUUUUAGGAAAUAACUCUAAAUCAGGGAAAUGUUCUGUGCCCUGGAGUCCUCUAGAAGCCAGAACCAUUUUCUGAGAACAAGGCAGUUACCCUAAAUAUUGAUCAAAGCAAAAAUGCCUUCGGUAGCUCAGUUCACAUAUUGAAUGUUUUGUUGUUAAUUUCUAAAAUCAUCCAGGGGAAGGGAAGAGGGAAGAGCAACAAAGUUCUAACCUUCAAUGAUAAUAGGAAUAUUUUCUUCUUGACACAACAGUCAGAAAGAGAAAGCUAGACAAUCACACAGCCAAAGCUAGUGGAAAUUCAGCCCUACCCCUCCUCAGAAAUCAAAAUGUGAUUGACCAUAGAAAUGUGCAAAAUGCUUCCAGGUCAGUACAUUUUGAUAUCUGAAUAUACUGAAAGCUGUCUGAUCUUUAAAUGAGUUUCAAGAUUGGGCCAUCUCUUGUAUUCUCAGAAGAAAUGCUCUCAUAUCAGAAUGGAACAUUUCAAGGAUGGAAUGGUUUAAUUUCAAAAUGUUUUGCACACUCAAUUAAAGAGCAUCUAUUUAAUUAAACUGCUCAGAUACUUGAGGCUCUGAAAUUGGAUAUAGAAUUUAUUUCAUAAAUAUAAAUUUUGCAAAUGUCCCAAACAAUAAAAAUAAAUAAAUCUUGCUUUGAAGUUGAUCAGUCAUGUUCUUAAGUGCAAAAAUGUCUUUAUUUGUUCUUGCAUAAAAAUCAUAUGGACAGAUGCUUAUCCAGUCAUAUAUUAGCUAAUUAAUUAUGUAUCAGAUUUUUACAAAUUUGGGUAAACUUCUAGAUAAUGUGUAAUGGAAUGCCACCUUAAAGGCCUUGAAUCCUGUGCCUCUUUCGUGGAGAACUUGAAAAUUCUGUAUUUGAAACUGUGAUAAGAGGUGUGGACUGUUCUGUUGAUUUGUCAAUUUUUUCUGUGUUCCCUUUUUUUAACAGUGCCUCAAUGAGGGAUGGUAAAAUUCACAAUAAUAUUUGGGUUCAUUGGAACUUUUCUAUUAGAACUUUUUCUCCUAGAAUGUUUGUUUUCCUAAAAGUAGAAUUGUUUUCCAAAAAUA